UACUCUGUUCUGAGUUGACUACAAGACAAGUGACAAUGACAAGUCGACAUCUAUUUUAAUAUUUUUGUCAUAUAAAAACAUUCUGAAAUUUAAUAAAUUAUUAGAAAAUAGGACAUAUCUUACUACAAAGCAGUUAUGUAAAAAAAAUUAAAUCUUAUAUUUAUGGAAAUUGACGGAUAAAAUGUAUAUAAACUAGUUUUAAAGUAGAAAAUUUAACCACUAGGCCGGAUUUGUGAUUUUGUGGUAUAAAAAUGAAUCGAAGUCGAGUUUUAACCCGAAUAUUGUGGCGGUAUGGCGCAUUAAGAAAGAUCGAUUAUGCAAGACCCUGUGCAAUCAAUAUAAAUACGAAUUGGAUAGAUAUAAAAGAACAAUGUACUGUAGCUCUAAAAGAAAGUUAUAUAAAGAAGUUUAUGAAAGCAGUAGGAUGGAUGGACCAUGAACGAACUCGCUUAAAGUUGACGGGGUAUUUUCUGUAUGAAUCUGUUCCAGUCAAAGUUGCAUACAAUGAAUGGUUUGAGAUUCUUGAUCUUCCAGACACAUUUGCAUCGUGGUUCACUAUAACAGAACUACAUGUGUGGUUACUGCUGGUACGGUAUAUGGCAGAAGAUGUGACGACAUCUAGCACACAAAAAAAGAAAUAUGUUAAAGGAGAUGGACAUUUUAUAAGGAAUUGCAUAAUAGAAGCAUUAUGGGCAGAUGUGGCAAACAGAAUCAAAUUACUGGAUGGAGCAAAUCCGGUAAUAGCAAGAAAGCAAGUAUCAGAAUUGUCAGAACAGUUUCAAGCUGCUUUAGUUGGCUAUGAUGAAGGCCUUGCCGAUGAUAAGGUAUUAGCAGCAGCAGUAUGGAGAAGAUUUUAUUCCCUUUCUGGUGAUGCAAAGGCGGACAAUGUUCUCAAAAUUGUCCACUUUAUAAGACAUCAGUUGUUUGAAUUAGAUAAAAUACCCAGCGAAAGCUUAAGAUGGAAACCUCAAGUCAACUGGUUAAAUAUAAUUAAACAUUAACAUUAAUAUUAGUGUUAGAAAAGGUUGUUUGUUAAUUUUAUUACAAAAGAAGUGAAUC